CUGAAGUGUAGUCAGAUAGAUAGAUAGAUAGAUAGAUAGAUAGAUAGAUAGAUAGAUAGAUAGAUAGAUAGAUAGAUAGAUAGAUUCCAAUUAGUCAUUACACGUCAACCACAGUGUAUGAAGAUGCCAUCCGGUGAUGGGAAGAGUGACAUGGAGCGUCUGGGUAUCUUUAAAGAGAUGAGCUACAUCUCUGUAGGAGACAAGUACACUCCACCCACCAUCCGUCCGUGUAAUGAGUCAGCGUAUCGUAGCCGCCAGAUGCAGGCGGGUGUCGCUAAACAACGAUGUGCUCUGCAGAACGGCUUCUUCGACAAGUCCUUUAAACGGAUAUUUGAACGUGAAGCGCUGAGUGACCCGCUGAGACUGGCCCGACAGAACCGCAUCCAGCUGGCCAAUAAGAACCUGGGCAAGGCCUUCCUGCCCUGUAACGGGGUCAAGAAGCCCUGUGGUUCAGGGAGUUACUAUGGGACUCUGUCAGGACCAGUUGAAGCCAUGAGUCCACUGUCAGUGGCCCAAAAAUCCCAUCGCUCUCCUGGACGCAACAUUGUCACCUCACCUCCCAAGAAAGGCAGUGGUUACAGGUUUAUCUAUCCCAAUGUGACACUGUCCAAAGUUGAGCUGUAUGCCUCAGACCCCUACAGCAGAGCCAAAGAAGUACUGGAGAAGGAGGCAGCAAUCCAUCGCUCCAAGUUAAGAGAUGGUCCGUUCAAACUCAACCUUCACCCCGGAGAUUAUUUCCAAAGCAAUCCAUACCGCAGUGACAAGCCACUCCCACCAGCAUACAAGCCCCUCCCAGCUGCACAGAAGCUCUCUGCGGUCCCCUUCAAGCCCCCGUCCCCCAGCAAAAAGGUUGGAGGAAUGAAAGCGGGGACGUUUGACCUUUAUCCCUUACAUUCGGCUGAUCCGUACGUCAUUCGCCGCUCCAAACCAACCAAGCAAGAGCCAAUCUUCCGUCCUGCUCCUGGUCCUAAGAGCGUCCCUGUCAAGAGUAUCAUCACCGUCAAUGUGAACAGGAGUGUUCACUCUGCAAACUACACCUCAACCAUUCCAACUGUGAUGACCUUCUGACUACAUUACCCAUACCUCACCAACAUUAGCUUCACUAUCAGCCCUAAGAUAUGUACAGAUAUAAUAAGAUGAA